CCCUAAUAAAUUAAAAGAAAAAAAAGAUCUCCAAUAAUCUGUCACUAAUUUCAUUGAAAUCACAUAUUAUGUUACAUGUAUUUAAAAGUUUCCUUGUUUCUUUACUAUUUCAGAGAACUUUCUAUUUUGAUGACAGUAGAAUGGAGUAAAAUCUGUAAAUAACAAAAAACAAAGACAGUGUCAGAAGAGAUGGCAGACAAGAUGCAAGAAGAAUCAGCAGCAUUGGAGGAUACUAUAAAAGUCAUUCCAGCAGUUGAUCAGCCAUCUGAAAAACCUUUACAAAAUGUAAUAGACAUUUCAGAUACAGCUCUGGCAGAGAUGUCACAAAAUAAAGUGACAGGUGCAUCCGAAAACACAAUGUCAGUUGAAAAUGUGAUAACAAACAACAUAGAACACCAGGUGAAGGUAUCAAACAGUGAAAUAUUCAAUAGAACAAAGUUGCCACAUAAAAGCUUAUCAGAUGUGAAUCAGGCUCCCAGUCAAAUGUUAGCAAGGCUUGCUGCAGAGUUACAGAAGGCGACAAGUUAUAUGUUACAGGGAGCAUCAAGUGUAGCUGAAGUAGCGCAUAAUGCUUUUCUCGCCAGUCAGCCUGGACCACAUCUGAUUUUACAGCAGAUUCAAGACAUGUCUCAGAAAUAUGGUAAUCAAGAUGUUGUCUUAGUCAGUGACAAGGAGUUAUCUGCCCCUGUUGCUCCGGUUGAUGAAGAACUGGGUUGAUUGGCUCAAGAUGGUGUCAACGAAACCAUCAG